AUGGUCAACUGGAAAGCUCCCGAGUCCCUCGAUCGCCUCGUUGGUGCCCUGAUCGCCGCCCAUCCAGGCCUCAAACUUGACUACCAGGCCAUGGCAGUAUACUUUGGUCAAGGCUCUACGUACGACGCGAUCGAAGGCCGUUUCCGUCGCUUUCGCAAAGUGGCAGAAGAAUUGAAGACCGAAGCUGCCGGGCGAGGCAUCACCACUCUGCCCCGCGGGCGCAAUUCGGGGCCCCGUACUCCCCGGACUCCCGGGGGUGGUAUCUCCAAGCCAUCGUCGUCCGGACGAUCCACUGCCAGAGCGAAGAACAAAGGCCUGGCUGCCGUGCUGGACACUCCGACCAAAAAGGGUGGUCGUGCUCAGAGUCAUGGCCAGUCCGUGAUGAACGCUAUCCUCGUGGGAGACAGUGCUUCCGAGGACGAAAACAACAUCAAGACAGAGGGUGUCGAUUUUCUGUCUGGCUUGACUCGGAAUGAAAAACGAGACUCGGAACCUGCUGCUCUGCAUCCGAUCAAGUUCGAGUCGAGUAAUGCCAACGGCAUGAUGAUGGGAGGCUUUGUUUCUUCUGUCUUUGGUGAGGUCAAACAGGAGUCUCGACCGGCUCAUACCCAAGUCCCCACCAUGGAUACAGACACCACCACAGCCCCCUCCACCACAGCCAGCAACAACUUAAUCGAUAUGUCUACUGGCUCUUCUACCGUGGCUUCUACCCCCGCCGCCCUCUCUGCCACCACGCCUUCCUCCGCCUCGUUCAUGGCCCCAGGCUGCGGUAUCGGUGACUCGGAAAACUUCAGCGACCUUGACGAUGCCUUUACCGCGCAGAUAUCGACGGGACUAUGCUUUACCGGUUAUGAUAUUGAUGAUUUGUAUGGGGGUGUUGCAUAG